UCACACCUCAAGCUGACGCAAAACCCGAGGCACCUGACCCCCCUCCCCCAGCCCCACUCCCACCCCCACCCGGUCCCCAGCGACUCUCCGUCCCCGGCCAUGGUGUCCGGCACGGAAACCGUGCACUACAUCCACCUGCACAACUCCAGCCAGUCGGUGCUGGAGGCCCUGCGGACGCAGCGGCGGGAGGGGCUCUUCUGCGACGUGACCGUCCGGAUACACGAUGCCUCCUUGCGAGCCCACGCCUGCGUCCUGGCGGCCGGCAGCCCGUUUUUCCAGGACAAGCUCCUGCUGGGUCACUCUGAGAUUUCCGUGCCGCCGUUGGUACCUGCGGAAACCGUGAAGCAGCUCGUGGAUUUUAUGUACAGUGGCUCCCUGGUGGUGCUGCAGUCUCAGGCCCUCUGCAUCCUGACAGCUGCCAGCAUCCUGCAGAUCAAGACGGUCAUUGAUGAGUGCACCCAGAUCAUCUCUCAGAGGAAGGCGGCGGCGGAGGCGGCGAGUGCAGCUGCAGCGGCAGCCGCAGCAGCAGCUGCAGGGACAGGAGCCGGAGGAGGGAUGCUUGCUGGAGUUCUCCCAAAACAGGAAGAGCGUGGCCUGAGCAAAGGGAGGGAGAGCAGCAGCAGUGGGAGCUGCUCUGUUGGUAGCGCAGGCGGGGUUGGAGGUUAUGCAAACUUCUCUAAUUUCAUGACAGAAUGUGGGGCUAGCAACAUGGCCGGAGGUUUGGGGGGCUCCAGCGUCAGUGACAGUGGGCCGGGCCCCAUGGAUCAAAGUAGCACUGUUAGCCUGAUGGCGCUGGGGGAGAUGGGGCCCAGUUCGAUGUGCGGCGGUGGAGACGGGAUGCCCCCUGGUGCCGGCCCGGUCCUCAUGAAGCAGACCUCCAGCUGCACUCAGGACGUCCGGUACAAGCUGCGAGACCUGCUGGUGCAGACCGCCAACGGAGCCGGCACCAGUAGCACGGGAAGCCUGUCGGCGGGCUGCAGCUCCGGGGUGGGCAGCGUGGACAGUGUCGGCAGGGACAGCCUCCGUGGCAACGCCGCCGACCUCUCCGACGACCUGGUGGGGAUGGACCGCUACAGCGAGGAGGAGGACCUGGACGGGAGGGAGCGGGGAAGAGACGGAGACAGAGACAGGGGGGCGAGCCACAGCCGCAAGCAGAGGCAGCCGCUAAGACUCCAGGUGCUGGGAGGAGAGGGAGUCGUGGUUAAAGAUGAAGGCGUGCAGGACUCGGAUGGGACCGUCUAUUCCCUGGAGGACGGGAGGCGGGACCAAGAGCAGGAGGGCGCCCAGGACUCCAUGGCCAGCUUCGGACAGGAUUUCUAUGACGACCACGGGGUUUUCUCAGAGAGUUUCUGGCCUCAGAGUGAACCUCCUCAAGCCAUGACAUUUAACCCCAGAGGAAGGGUCAGCAAGCCGCUGACUCCGCCUCCAUCCUCGCAGUCCAUCAACAACCAGCUUCUUUUCCAGUACCCAGUGAGCCACUCACAGCCUCCUCCAUUCUACGUGGGAGGACCCAUGGGAGGGAUGGACAACAUGGCGGGAAGUGAGCCAUCCCAACAGGCUCCGCCCCCUGCGCCGAUGACCCCUGUCCCCACUUCUUCAGCGUCCUCCUGUUCGGCAGGGCCCUCUCCUUCCUCCCAGGGAUCUGAGACCUCGUUCGACUGCACGCACUGUGGCAAAUCUUUGCGAUCCAGGAAGAACUACAGCAAGCACAUGUUUAUCCACUCGGGUCAAAAACCUCAUCAGUGCUCCAUCUGCUGGCGCUCCUUCUCCCUGCGGGACUACCUCCUCAAACACAUGGUGGUGCAUACUGGCGUCCGGGCCUUCCAGUGCACCAUGUGCGGCAAACGCUUCACACAGAAAAGCUCCCUCAAUGUGCACAUGCGCACCCACCGUGCCGAGCGCACCUUCCAGUGCAAUGUUUGCCACCGGGCAUUCACCCACCGCACCUUGCUGGACCGCCACGCCUUGCAGCACGCCCACCACGCCCCGCAGACCCUCGGCCCGGGUCAGGGGCGUGGAGCCGACAUGACCUCACCUACCAAGCACAGUCCUCCAGGUAUGGGAGGAACCUCAGGUAUGGCUGGUGCAGCUGCUAUGGUUGGCAGCAUGCCGAGCAUGUCCAGCCAUGGAGCUUCCUCCACCUAAAUAUGGGAGGAAAUGGGAGAAAGGGAAAUUCAGGGGAGAGGAGAAGGCGAUUAGUUAGCUCAUUCCUCAAACCAACGCUUAACACUUUUAAUUGUUUUUUUUUCUUUUUCAUUAUUUGGUGGUAACAGCGCUUAAAGCAGGGGUGUCCAAACGUAUUGCCACAUAGGUCAAAAAUAUAGAUUCAAAAGGCCAAAAACACCAAAUCUAAAACCAAUCAAAAAACGUAGCCCUAUACUAUAGUAGAUCCAAAACUUGGCAAUAUCAGGGCAUUUGUAGACAGAAAAAAAAUUAUUACAUUUUCACCAAAAACUCAGAAAUGUUGCCAUUAAUCUGAGACAUUUUCUAGAAAACUU